UCGGUUAAGCUCUAGCUAUGGCUUUCUCGAGUGCAUCGAUUGUGACGAUGAACUCCUAUUCCCGAGCUUUGUCGCCUUUGGUUGCUUUAUCCACUCUCUUUGGACCUGGAGAGAGGCUCUACUCAAAGUUACACUCUUGGCUUGGAGGAUUCAUUUUUGUCUCCUUGCUCGGCGGAAUGACUUUCGUGGCCGUCAUCGGAGUGUUUGUUCGGACGACCAUUGACACGUGGAUACAGUUUUCGCUUUACAUCGUUCCCUUGAUUGCUUUGGUCGCUGGAUUUCGCGUUUACACAUCCUCAGCCUUCUACAAACUUCUUCAGAGGAAACUGUCUGGCAAAUCCAUGGUGAACGGCUUCUUGGAGUCUGAUGAACACAUUCCGUGGCACGAGACAAAGAGAAAAUCAUGGUUGAGAAAAGCUGCCUUGAAAAACUGCAUUUAUCCAUUCGUCUUAGAAAUUUAUCAGUGGACUGCCUAUAUCAUUUUCCAUACGGUAUUUGAAGGGGACUAUUUUGCAGGUUCUUGGACAGAGAGUCAUAUUGAAUUGUUCGAACUUGACGCAAGGACUUGGUUAGGUCUGUAUGGUUUCUUCUGGGUAAUGGCUAUGUACAUAACUGGGUUUGUAGCUUACACUUUCAUUCUGAUUAGCCGGUUGGCUGUCCGAGAUGUUGUUUGCUUUAUGUGUAUGUUUGGUGACAGUCCAUUUUUGAUGUACAGGCCCUCGGAGGAACAAAACCUAGUCUUAAAGAACCUUAGUCCAUUACGAAGGGUCAUAAAUGGCAUAUUUGGAUUUCUCUUCAUGGAUUUCUUCCAGACUGGAAAGGACAUUGUUCUAGUUUAUGAAAAGGACGUACCAGUUUUGGACCAAAGUACUCUCGAAGAAGGACACUGGAAUCCACAGGAAUCCCAGGGAUUUGAUAAUUUUUCUGCGUCGAUUGAGGUAACGCGACCAACACAGGGAAGGCUUAGUGUGCCAGAACGACCACAAAUUACUCCAGUAGACGCCAGCAAGUAUCUUUCCAAUGUCAUCGGUAGUAUUGAAGCUCUGGCAGGUCUUUUUCAGCCGUUCAUCGUUCUAAUAUCGUUCUUCUCUGUGGCCAACCUUGUGACCCACGUGGGAGCCAUUGUAAGCCUUAUUGCAAACUUCAAAACGUCUCAUUGGUGGACAUUUGUGAGAACAUGCAUCUGGCUUCUACUCUCACUCCGACUCCUCUGGAGUGCAGCUGGUAUUACCAAAGGCUUAUCACACGUCUCACAGCAUCUCAAUUACCUCUGGUCUGUAGGUCAGCUACAUGGCGAUAAAGAAGAGUGGCAAAGGUUUUUCAAGCUGGUCGAAUCGUUCCAUUUGGGGACCAAGACAUACGGGUUUCCUCUCACACUGAAGCAAGCGGCAUCGAUUGCAACCUUCAUCAACUUUGCACUGAUCAUUGUGCUGUCAAUCAUGAAACCAUCAGUACACUUGCCAGCACGUGGUGACUAACCCCCUUGUUAUCAGGCAUUAGUGUCGCCAUGUACGAUUCAUCAUCGAAAUUUAUGUAAAACUUAAGAGGCGAGGCAGGAACCUACAACCUGCAACCAACCCUGCAACCGUCUUUUGACAUGUCACGAAGCCAUCUUCUCGAGGGAAGCGUUGCGUGACAUCCCAAAAAACAGCUGGUAUGGAGACAAGAAAAAAAACCAACAUCACCUGUUCAACAAACCAAAUGUGAACUGAAUUCAAUCCCACGUGUUUUUCGCGCUUUGUGCGAUAUUUAUCACUACUACCAAAUUUGUUUAGUUUUUUUCUCUUUCAACGAUUCAAAAGUGAAAGAGUAUAAAAAAAAAGAUGUAAGCACAUGUUUGUAAAAUAAUUUACUAAACAGGGGCAGAUUCAGAAAUUUUGUAAAUGGAUGGUGUAAGCUUUGAUCUAGAAAAUGUUUUCGUCACAUUAGAGCCAGUAGCCAGUAGUUUACCGUUAAGGAAAGUGAAGGUAUAACCUCUAACUUCCUGGACUUCGAGCAGUCCAGCUUCUUUUUCGCGUCCAUCACUCCCAGAGUUUAGCGCGGCGCUGACAGCAGUUGUUUUUUUCGCUAACUCUUUUGACUCGCGCGAGUGACAGAUAGAUAGAUAGAUAGUUUGAUGACCUUUAUUUAUACACGAUAAUAUUUUAAGCUUCAAGCUUGUGGAGUCGUGUGAAGGAAAAAAGGAAAAUUACACGUUAUGUAAAUUUAACUUGAAUUUGAAAGUAGAAAAUAAUACAUAUUAUAACUUCUACGUAAAAAAAAAAUCAUUAUGUAUAAGACGAGCAGUUGAAGCGGAAAGUAUGUCAAAUUUGAAUUCUUUAGAGUAGUCUGAUUAGUAGGCGUUUUUUCAGAUUAUUGAGACUAAAGCGUCCAACUUCUUGUUUAUAGUAGCAAACAGAGUUCCAUAACAAAGCGCCGCAAUAUUUAAGAGAGUCUUUCAUGUAUGUUGGUAAUUUAAUGUUUUCAACUUUUUUCAAUAAAGGUAAGUUA